CCCUAACUGUCACAGACAAUGGAACUAGCUCUAUGCAGCAGUAACAAGCAACUCCGGGGAAAUAACCACAUAGAAAAUAAGACUACCUGCGGAACCACAUUAGUUAGCUACGACGAGGCGCCUGUAACUAUGCGUGGCUUCAGAGCAACACCGCUUUCAGUGGGAUUUAAAUGAACGAAAGCUUGAGGAAAAUACAUUGCUACGUAUGUAUAUAUUUCGUGACAAUACCCUGGGAUUCGGUUAAUGUAGGGCUGUAAUCGACGUAGCUAUAGGUGUUUUAACAUUGACAUUGCAACGCAGCACACUUGCGACCAUACAAAAAAGAAGAUAAUAAGAAAACCAAGGACCAUUUAUACCUUCAUUCAGCAAGUAAGCCCAAAGAAUCGCUGUUAUGGAUUGCAUAUAGUAAAACUCGGAAAUACCUUUUUUAUUUUUUUAUUUCUUGAGUAACGUUACUGUGCUGAAACUCCAGAAUCUCGACAGUGCAAUUUAGCAAGCUGUCUGUGUCUCUAUCCAUGGUCCUGAAACGAGUGCCCUCACCAAGGGUAUACAAAUUGCUAUCCAUAGUCCGGAGGAAAGGAUUUUGUCGCCUUUUUUGAAUAAUUGUGGUUAGCCUACGGUUUGGAAUCUGAAUUACGCAUCCGAAGAAUUGCUCACCUUGGAGGUGCGGUAUCCAAAACGGAAUUAAUCUCAGUGAAUACUGCUGUGGCUAACUCAUCUAUUCUCACAACACCGGCAAAAUGUACCGAUUUAACGCUCUUGGGAUCUAUUUGUGGGAAACUAUAGUAUUUUUCAGCCUGGCAGCCUCAAAGGAAGCAGCAGCCCGCAAAGCCACCACCCCGAUGCCCCCCUCCGAGUUCCUGGACAAACUCAUGGGAAAAGUGUCAGGUUACGAUGCAAGAAUCAGACCAAAUUUUAAAGACCCACAAGGCUCCAAAUCGGAAGCUUCACACAAGAAAGGUCCCCCUGUAAAUGUAACCUGCAACAUAUUUAUUAACAGUUUUGGGUCCAUUGCUGAAACAACAAUGGACUACAGAGUGAACAUUUUCCUGAGACAGCAGUGGAAUGACCCUCGCCUGGCCUACAGUGAGUACCCUGAUGACUCAUUGGACCUGGACCCUUCUAUGUUGGACUCCAUUUGGAAACCUGACCUGUUCUUCGCCAAUGAAAAGGGAGCCAAUUUCCACGGCGUCACCACGGAUAACAAGUUGCUGCGGAUUUCUAAAAACGGGAACGUCCUGUACAGUAUAAGAAUAACAUUGGUUCUGGCCUGCCCUAUGGACCUGAAGAAUUUCCCCAUGGAUGUACAGACCUGCAUUAUGCAGCUGGAGAGCUUCGGCUACACCAUGAACGACCUCAUAUUCGAGUGGGAUGAGAAGGGAGCGGUGCAGGUGGCGGAUGAUCUGACUUUACCUCAGUUCAUACUGAAAGAAGAGAAGGACCUACGGUACUGCACCAAGCACUACAAUACAGGGAAGUUCACCUGCAUUGAAGCCCGUUUCCACCUGGAGAGGCAGAUGGGAUACUACCUGAUCCAGAUGUACAUCCCCAGCCUGCUAAUCGUCAUCUUGUCCUGGGUGUCCUUCUGGAUCAACAUGGACGCCGCUCCAGCACGAGUGGGACUGGGAAUCACCACUGUGCUCACCAUGACCACUCAGAGCUCAGGCUCCAGGGCCUCACUGCCUAAGGUCUCCUAUGUGAAAGCCAUCGACAUCUGGAUGGCAGUGUGCCUGCUGUUCGUGUUCUCCGCCCUGCUGGAGUACGCCGCCGUCAACUUCAUCGCACGGCAACACAAGGAGCUGCUACGCUUCCGCAAGAGGAGACGACACCUCAAGGAGGACGAGGCCGGAGAGGGCCGUUUCAGCUUCGCCGCCUACGGCAUGGGCCCAGCCUGCCUGCAGGCCAAGGAUGGCAUGGCCAUCAAGGGCAACAACAACAACGCACCGACCUCCGCCAACCCGCCGGAGAAGACCGUGGAGGAGAUGCGCAAGCUCUUCAUCGGCCGCGCCAAGAGGAUCGACACCGUGUCCCGCGUGGCCUUCCCUCUCGUCUUCCUCAUUUUCAACAUUUUCUACUGGAUCAUAUACAAGAUAAUACGCAGCGAAGAUGUGCAUAAGCAGUAAACGCUGAAGAGGAAAAUAUAGCCUGAACCCCUCCCCGCUCCCUCGAUCCCCCCCCCACUUCGCUCCUCUGUUCCCCCCUUCCCUGCUCUCUCUUCUUCCACGCUCAUUCGCUUCCCAGUGGCAAUUCCUUGGCAGAGGUAUUUAUCGAUAUUUAUCGUGGGGUUUUACUUUUUUUCUUCUUCCCCCCCCCCCCUUUUGUUCUGAAUAAUCCGGACUUGUGCAAUAGCAAUGCAGUAAAAUGCAUGAAAUAUGAAUGUGGCAAUAUAUUUACAAAAGAGAAUUUAAAAAAAAGAGUAAAUAUUAGACUUACAAAAACAUAGAAGAACUUCUAAACCUGGCGGGAGAAAAAAUGUAUCUGGAGUGAAGGAGAUGCUCUUCCAAGACAAACCCUGCUUUACGAGAAUAAUAAGGGCAGAACCUACAGCACUGUAAUAUAGUACAUAUACAAGUAUUUCUUCAAGGCGAGUCUAUUGGACAUAGAGGAUUUUUAAAAAUUCCGAGACAGGUUGGUGCUUCCAACAAUAAAGUGAUGCAAAAGA